CGCCUUCACUGCACAUGCGCGGACGUGGACGGGAAGUUAAACAUGGCGGAUGUCUAAUUACCAACGGGAGAGGAUUUGGAUUAGUGAGUGUAGUAAGAGAGCUGAUGUCUGGUGGCGAGGCCAGUGUGUGAGAGUUGACCAUGACUCACUCCAGCGGCCAUGACGGACACUCUCAACCACCAGACCAAGACUCGGAUUCUGGAAGAGCUUGUUCGAAACACAGGAGCAAACAGGGACUUUGCCCUCGGGCUUCUGCAAGAAAACAACUGGCAGCUUCAGGACAACUACAAGGAGAUAGAGAAACUUUGUAUUGAAUCAGUGCAGGGGGCCAGAAAUAUGCAAAACCAUCCAAAUAAUCGAGGCACUCCCAUCCCCGUUCAUCACAUGGGGACCACUCCUAGGUCAUUGCCUGGCCAGCGGGGAGGGGGAGCCUUCCCCCCGAGCUUCACGAACACUGGUGUAGGGAGGGCUGGUGGCUACACUGUUCCAUCUAACCGACCAGGCUAUGAAACCAUGCCCAUGCAGCGUCACACCAUGGCCCACUCGGGCUUCCCCAUUGUUUCAGAUGAUCUUCAACAAAACACAAGGGCAAGGUCACAAGUAGAUCCAGCUUAUCGUCCCACAGAGAGAAUAGUACCGAUCCAUGUUGAAAGGGGGCCUGCUGUCAAGCUACCCGCUCCCACAAUACCACAGUCUCAGAACCGGUCCAGUGAACCCAGACCCUUUCAGCACCAGCAGUAUCAACAGCAGCAGCAACAGCCAUCUCCACAGCAACACCAUCGAGUCCUGCCCAACCCUCCACCACAGCAAGGCUUUAGGCCGCCACAGUUCCAGCGCGACCCAGGUCCAGGAGACCAUGCCCCUCUCUCUGGAGGAGCAGAAGGCUCAGAAAGCCAUGCCGCCGCCCCCAGCUCCUGGGCGGCAGACAAACACAAGGAUGCCAGCAAUGUCACUCCAGGCAGCAAACCAGCUGGAGAUCAUACUCCUAAAUUAAAGCGAGGAAUUUCCAAUAUAAUGGAGAAUGUAAAUUUGGUGUCUGAGGCCAGGUCAAGCGUGCUUCAUGACAUUGAGGAAGACAGCCAUGAUCACAUGUACCUCCUUACCUUUCUGCUCCCGGACCUGACCGUGUACUCUGAGGACUUCAGGGCAUACCUGGAGAAGGACCUGAUAGAGACUUCUACACUAGUGUCUCUUGAACAAGCAGGGAGACUUAACUGGUGGGCAGAGAUGAGAAUCUGUCAGCGCCUUCUUCCCAUGGCCACCUCCGGAGAUGGCAACUGUCUCCUCCAUGCUGCAUCACUAGCCAUGUGGGGCAUCCAUGACCGACAACUGAUACUUCGCAAUGCUCUCUAUGCCAAGAUGACCCGGGGAAGCUGUAAGGACAAUUUGUACAGGCGGUGGAGGUGGCAGCAGACACUCUCAAAUAAAGAGUCUGGCCUUGUGUUGUCUGAAGAGGAAUGGCAGGCAGAAUGGGACAAUCUGUUGAAGCUUUCAUCACCAACACCACGCACAUUUCCAGAAACAACAAAGAGAACCAGCUGCUGUGACAGUCCGGUCACUCACGGCAGUACGUCAUGUGACCCCGUGGUGUACGAGAGUCUAGAGGAGUUCCAUGUGUUUGUGCUAGCGCACGUACUGCAGAGACCAAUCAUUGUUGUUGCUGACACAGUCCUGAAGGACUCGGGAGGAGAGGCCCUGGCCCCCAUACCAUUUGGAGGGAUUUAUCUCCCCUUGGAGUGUGAGGCAAAGAUGUGCUACCGCUCACCACUGCUGCUGACGUAUGAUGCUGCACACUUCUCCGCACUGGUUCCUAUGGAGCAGGAGGUCUCCCCUGAUGACAAACCAUUUCUACCCAUUGCGAUUCCCCUGGUGGACCCAAGCUUCCAGCUGCUUCCACUUCACUUCCACAUUGAUCCUGGUCCACGGUAUGACUGGAAUAAAGUCAGCAGCAACAAGAAGGUGGCAGAGCUGACGUCGGAGGACAAACUGAACUUACUGCAGCAGUUCAUGAAUGUGGAGAAGCUUCAGAUCCCAACCCUUGACACUGACUACGACAGCGAUAAGCAGUCCUGUGGCUCCUAUGAGUCUGAUGACAGCGUAGGCUGUGUUGGAAACAAGGAAAAGAAAAAGGAUGCCAAGGUGUCACAGCAGAUGCACAGCGUGGCCAAACAGUUUGGGAGCAUUGGUAAAAGUAUGGGCAAGAAAAUCAAGAAAAACUUUGGGAAUAUUGGUAAAGCCAUGAAGAAUAUUGGUGACCCUGACAAAAGCAGUCGGCGCCAGUCUGUGGGGAGUGUUAUCACUCAGAGUACUAAGGUUAUUGCAACCAUUGCUACUGAUAUUGGUCGCGAUAGAGUGUGGUGUGCCAGGCUCAGUGUGAGCAGGACGAAGAUGCAGCAGGAGCUCGUCAAGAACUAUCUCCACACAUCAGAACAACGCUUCGAGAAGGACAGAGACUUGUGGCGGAAAAAGAAUGAAGAGAUUCGUAACCGAGUCAGCACCCAUUCAAUCGCCUCGACUGUGACCUGUGUAACGCCAGGCUGUCAGAUGUUUGGUACAGCCGAGACUGCAUAUCUGUGUUCAAAGUGUUACUCUCAACAAAAGCAGGAAGCCAUUGACAAGGAGAAGCAGCGAGGGCAGUUUGUGUAUAAUACUUUCCCAGGCAGGAACAAGGGGGUGGAAGAAGCGACCAUUGUCAAGUUGGGAAAGUCCAAGUUCUACACUGGGGUAGAGGAUUAUGGUCCUGAGAAACCUGCUCUGCAGGAUUCCAGACUGUCUGUUGUUGCUAACAUGGACCGCCAUCAGUCUCGCUCUGUUGGGGAUGUGUCCCACAUGGGUCAACAUGGCCUGCAUGCACGAACUCCGUCUCCUGACUAUGACAAUGUGGACUACAGGAUUGCAGACCCUCAACACCAGAGAAGGUCCAGUUCAACUUAUAUUACUUCCAGUCAAUCAGCUUCAAGACCUCCUACUGGUUUCAACCAAUCAGCUGCAAGGCCUCCAUCUGGUCUUAGCCAAUCGGUUUCGCGGCCAACAUCAGGUGUGAGCCAAUCAGGUGUCCAAGUCCCAGCAGACCUGUCCCAGUCUAAUCCUCGUUUGACCACAGGACCAGCACAGAUUGGCCAGCGACAGUAUUCAAGUAACAGAUGUAGAAAUGAUGGUUGUGAUUUUUUUGGGAGUCCUGAGUUAGAUCAUUACUGUUCUGGGUGUUACAAACAAAGGCAACAGUCCAUGCACACACAGGCCCGAGCUCAGACUCGACUAUAGCCCAGCUGAUGGGGACCACAGCUCAUUUAGGCCUCUCACAAUGUGCUACCGGGCGGUGUCAUCUUUAUACAGUUUGGAAUAUUUUCUCAUAUUUUUAACUAAUCCUGCACUACUUACUUCCUGCAUCUAUUGCUUAUGACUCGAAACGUGGCUGUGCCAGACGAUUGAUGUUGAAAAGCGUAGACUGUGAUCUCUUCCUGGUCUCGGGUAAACAUCCGUCAGCACAUGCAUCACUGGAAGGUGACGUCAGCCACCUUGUAAGGUUGUAUUCCCCUCCCCUCCGGCUUGGGGAAUACAACCUUACUCGGGACUGAUAAAACCCCGUAUUUCCCUUGACACGAUGUGAUAAUUUAUAAUGUCAGUUAAGGAGUAACACUUGGAUAGACUCAGGUCCAUGCCUCUUACUGCAUUCCCUAAAGCUAAUAAUGCUUUAAGAAUCGUGUGGCCUUUUGCAUUUAAGAGUAUAUGGCUUAUAUGCAAAUGACCACAGAUGUAAUCCCUCUCUGUCGACCAGAUUCCACGAUCGAAGGUGUCUUCGUUCAUGAUAUUUCUUCCCACGAGGCAUGAUGUCGCUGUGUGGGAAAAGAGUUGUUCCGAGGGAAACAACUGGGUGUGUCAGUUAAGGAGCAACACUUUGAAAACUCAAGUCACUGCUUUUUACUGCAUUUCCCUAAAGCAAAUCUCGCUUCAAAAAUCGCGUGGUCUUUUUCAUUUAAGCCUACAUGUCUUAUAUGCGAAUUACCACUGAGAGAUAGUCACUGUCUGUUGACUAUGCUUUUUCUUCCCAUGAAGCACGCCGACGACGUAUGGGAAAAGAGUUGUUCCAGAAUAACUGGGUGUGUCAGUUAAGGAGUAACGCUUAGGUUAACCCGAGUCACUGCUUUUUACUACAUUUCCCUAAAGCUAAUAACGCUUUAAAAAUUGUCUGGUAUAUUCCAUUUAAGACUAUGUGUCUUAUAUGCGUAUUACCACUGCCUGAUCGUCACUCGCUGUCCGAUCUAGGUGUGACAGCGGUUUUCCACCACCAAGGCGCACUUGAUAACAUUGACUGAGCUGUCUUUGUUUACCUUGCGAGGCGAUCCCCACAGAUGACACACCCUCCAUCCUGCCUGUCCGAUAAAUGUGCAGGAAGUAAGUAGUGCAGGAUUAGUUAAAAAUUUAGUAAAAUCUAAAUAUUUUUUAUAUUUGUAUACUUAUCCUGCACUACUUAUGAUAAGGGCCCACCCUGCGCUUUCAGCUACCUCCACUCUUUGUUUUCAUCUGUGGGAUUUACGGCAAUAAUCAGAGGUGGCUGACAUCACCUUCUGGUGAUGCGUGCGCAGAUGGAUGUUUACCCGAGACCAGGAAGUGAUCAAAGUCUACGCUUUCAACAUCAAUCGUCUGGCACAGCCACAUUUCGAGUCGUAAGCAAUAAGUGCAGGAAGUUAGUAGAUUUUACUAAUUUUCCUAAUAUACAAGAAACUUGUGGAGCAAGAGUGAUUUGUUUUGAUGAUUUUGUCUUAAUUAAUCCUACGAAAAGUAAUGAAGAAAGUUAGGUCAUUACUGUGGGCUGUAUUUGUCUUGAGUUUGGUGAUUGUUACACACUUUAAACAUUUCUCUGUUUGAAUAAUAAUCUUUGUCAUCUGGCAAGCAAAAGUGAAACUGUACACUGUAGCCCAAAGCCAACAUCUAAGUAAGUUAAUGUCAGCCCUGGUUGCCCGCUCUCCGAAGCCUGCUGGAGAAGCCCAAAUGAGCUGAUGGAGCACUGUGCCUGAGAUACAGCCCUUCGAGAAGCCUUCACAAUCCUCAGGCCAACUCCUCGUAGACACUGGUAGCAUUAUGUUGUGGAAGUGCAUCGUCAAUGCAAUAUCAUUUCAAGGUUUCUACAGCAGAGUUACUAUGAUUACCACUGUUGGUAUUUGCAAGAACAUUGCAUGCACUGUAUUUGUAGAGUAGAGAUCAAUUCUGUAUUUUAACAUGUUCAAAGGAAUCCACUUGUGUGUCCAUGAUUCUUGUCCCUUUAUGCCUGUGUUCUGAAAUGAUUUUAUGAAGCUUUUAUUAACAGAAUUUAUGUUUACACAACAUAAUAAUUUCAGCCUACAUAUUUACAUAUGUUGUAUAUGAAAUGAGUGUACAGUUAGUGUUGUAUAUAGCAUGUCUGGCCUGUGUAUAUACCUGUGUAUAUUUAUUGGUGUGUCAUUGUUUUACUUGCCUGGUUUGCGACACGGCUGGCAAGCUACUGCAAUCUCACUCCCGCUGAUGUACAAUUCACAUUAACACAGCCCCUUCCCAGUGCAGUGGCAGUUUUAAGAACCAUGGGCUUAAGAUAGUCAUAGCACAAGGAUGGGGCCCUGGUGUGUUAUAGAUAGAAAUCCAGUCACACAUGGUUUAGAAUGAUGUAAAGGGAAGGGGUAAGGUUGACCUGUGAUGGUAGCAUAUUAGUGUUUUAUAUUUAUUGAUCCUCACAUACUCCUCUGUUCACUUAUUGAUAUAUAUUGGUUUACAUUAUUCAUUUACCAUGUGGAAGGAAAAUCAGAUUUUGAGAGAAAAUCUUUAAUACUGCAUGAUACAAUUAUCAAGUAAAGCCAAACGUAGUUA